CUUAGCAAAUAAAAAAUAAAUGACUUUUUCUACUUAUUGGGCGCCCCGGUCUAAUUCUUGCGAUAAAACUCCCAAAUAAGAAUUUUGAUGAUUGUAUAAAAUCGACUGAUGGGACGACUAGGCCAUCAUUGUCUUUUUAGUUUGUAAUCACACAAGGUCUAGGUAAAAUGAAGUCGAUAUUGAUCGCAUGUUUGGCUAUCGGUCUUUUAGACGCAGUGAGAUCAGAAGACGAUGGUAAAUAUCGACCGGAGCUUUAUGGUGACAAAAGUGGUAGAUACGAUGCUUCCUACGACGGAGGAUACUAUAAUUACAACAACCAAGCAACAAGAAAUGCAGUGUAUCCUAACUACUACCAGCAGUACAAGCAACAGUAUUAUAACUCUUAUAAACCAUAUCAAGAGCUUGUUGCCCCGUUAGUUACCGCAAGGGCUAGCAGUGUGGUCCCGGUGGCUGUUACUUCAACUGCUGCUCCGAAAGUGGCUCCAACUGCUCAAUACGCUUACACAAAAAAUUACGGCAACGAAGGCUAUGCUAGAAUUAUCGAACAAGAAAACGACAUUAAUGAAAACACCUACCAGUACAAAUACCGAACUGAGAAUGGAAUAAGUGCAGGGGAAAGCGGAGUAGUUGAUGCAGGGAAUCCCCAAGGAGGCACUAGGGUUCAAGGCUUCUACGAAUAUAUCGGGGACGACGGUUUAACAUACAGAGUUGACUAUGUAGCUGACGAAAAUGGAUUCCGUGCCAGUGGCGCCCACUUACCAAAAGCUUAGUUAAUAGAUACUAAUAAAUUUCGACCCACAAUAAAAUCGAUUUCGC